CGACGUAGCAGCAGCUCAUGGGACAUAUCGUCGCUGAGGGCUUUACGAACUCGUCAGACGUAAAAUACAUCGCUCGUUCCCUCCUAGGCCCAAACGUCCACCUCCAACUUGGUUACUGCGUGGAAAAUGAACGACUCGACCUCUUCGAUAGGCGGUGAACCACGUUCCUUCCAGACCGAUGAGGCAUGGGCGGCCAGUGUAGCCCAGCGAAAGUUGCAGGCUCUGUCCGCACGGAAGGACCAAUCCCAACAACUGGAGGGAUUGAAGGGUUUGCCCAUCGAGAUGGUACAUGCCGUUAUCGACUCUUUGCCUGUGGCAGAUGUACUGUCGUUCUACCUUUCGGAAGGGUUCUUGCGAGAUGCUGUCAUGACUCAUCUGGUGUACAAGAAACUCCUCACCGAGCAAGUGUGCACGUCGCUCAUGCUCCUACGUGACAUCAUGAUGCUCUCAGCCUGGACCAACAAAGCCGGAGAAAAGACAACGACAGCAUAUCUUUCGACUUUGCGUCUUACGAGGCAAAAUAUACAAACCACUCUAGAUUACGGCAUUCGUGUGCAAGGCGCGCUCGUCAUGGGCUUGGAUGGAAAGCCGGCGCGAGAGCUGAUAGUGGAGAAGUGGACCCACGGGGGCAAGGUGGACUACAAGAGAGGGCGCAAGCUUGUCAAUCAGGCGUUGGCCAGCCGUAAUCCCGAAACCAUCGACCUCGUAUCGGACAUGAUGGCGUUGCAGCUCAAGCUAGUGGAAACAUACUCCAACAUGGUCACAAGUCACAGCGACCCUGGGGAUGAGCCACGACGGCCAACUCAUAUCCUGGACUCUGCGCGAUACAAAUUCACCGGCCGGACAGCGGCAACUACGCGUCGGUCGCUCUUCAGUAUUCCGAGACUCUUAUUCAUCCCCUAUCGGCGAUACGAGCGGCUGCUCAAGGGUACUGAUCGGCGGUUCAGCAGCUCUUUCGAGUGUCUGACCCCGAAAUGUGUCGAAACGAUUCGGACGGCGUGUGCUAAGAAGGAAUGGUUCGGAACACCGAUCGACCACCACGACGCAGAGGGGCAGUGUCAGCUUGCGUUGGAUAUCUGCUCCGCGAUCAUGGAGUUGCAAGCGUUGACGGGUCCUAUGGGCGAUUACGCACGCCAGAAAGGCAAACACGUUCUCCAGGUUGCGGAUUGGCGAGGGUAAAUAUUGAUAACGAUACAUACGGCCUGUGUCAAAAUCAAGCUAUCUAUCAUCCUGUUUAUUCUGCUCGAGUACUUUACCGCAGCACGAUAUAUGUGUCAAUACAAGCACGCCAGUGAUCA